AUGAGUGAGCAGCGACACAUGCUUAAGAUGUCCCGGCACCUGUUUUCUUAUUUGAUGCUGUUGCUACUUUUUCUGCUGCUGAUAUGCUUUGGCAGUACGGCUGUGCACGCCCAGGAGGGAAAUAAACCAAAGGAAAUACAAAUGCCAGAGACCGUCGAUAUUUUUGUGCCGCAUCGAACGAUUGUGGAAACACGAGGUAAAGAUCAACUGGGGGAAUCCUUUAUCUCACCUUCUCUUGUCAGUGCUGGUGGGGUCUUGGUUGCGCUUGCCAAGAGCCACACCAGUUUUCCAAGCUCCGGUGAAGAACAGUUUUUCGCCUAUUAUGCUGAUGUUGUGGCGGGGUACAUUGACUCUGCGAAGAACUGGUCGUCUUUUGUCGAUGAAGUCCGACUAAACAAAUGGAAGGCAUACAACAUUUUUCACACAACGAUUCCAAAGGGGCAUGACUUUCCUGUGAGACGCGCGUACCGGCCCACAACAGUUGCAAAGGGUAACAAGGUUUUUUUACUUGUGGGAGACUAUUUUACGAAGCAUUACACUUUAACGAGGAGGGAUGCUACACACCUACAGGGUCUUGAUUUGCUCGUGGGUGAGGCCACGCAAGAUAAAGUCAUCCAAUGGGGCAAACCCACCUCGCUUUUAUCACAAAUUGAACCAUCUGCUAAACAACGUGGCCUGGACCAGUUUGUUAGUGCUGGUGGCUCAGGCGUUGUGAUGGAUGAUGGCACGCUUGUGUUUCCUGUGAUGGCGAGGAAUAAGGUAAAACAACUAUUUCUUUCCAUGAUCAUUUAUUCGAAGGACGACGGCAAAAAUUGGACGCUUUCACAGGGUAUGGUCCCUGCACAGUUGAGAGACUUCCUCAUCGUUGAGUGGGAGCAGGGGCAGCUUGUCAUGGUUGUUCAACGUGAUUCUCUCUCCAAUGUGUUCGAGUCGAGGGACAUGGGGGAAACGUGGACGGAGGCUGUCAGGACACUCACACGCGUGCAGCCCAGGUUUUUACCAAACUCUUUGCGAACAGCUGUGGGAGUGGGGUCCCUCACCACUGCGACCAUUGCUGGAAAGAAGGUCAUGCUGUACACUCAGAAAGGGAUUCUCCGUGAUGACCCGUUGCAAGCCACCGCGCUCUACCUUUGGGUUGCUGACAACAACCGCACGUUUCACGUCGGGCCCAUUUCCAUGGACAUUGGAGAUAACCGGACGUCUAACAACACCCUGCUGUACUCUAACGAUGCAUUGCACCUUUUACAACAGAGGGUCGGUACAACAACCAUAAGUCUGGCUCUUUCCUCUCUAACGGACCAGCUGAAGACGAUCACGUCCGUCUUGGAGACUUGGGCAAAAAUGGACUCCUUCCUCUCGAACUCGUCUGUGCCCACGGCCGGUCUGGUUGGAUUCUUGUCGGAUGCAUCGGGUGAUGGAAGUUGGAACGACGCGUACCGUUGCUUGAAUGCAAUUGUGAGGAAUGCAAAGAAGGUUGAAAAUGGCUUUAAGUUCACGGGGUUUGGGUCAUACGCCAUGUGGCCUGUGAACAUGCGGAAGUAUCACAAUGUGCACAGCUUUGUGAAUUACGCGUUCACGCUUGUGGCGACGGUGAGGAUCGAUGAGGUUCCGAAAGAGAGCGUUCCUCUGCUGGGUGCGGGACUGGAGGACAAUGAAAACACAAAGUUUGUGGGGCUGUCGUACACGACGGAGAAACGGUGGGGGACAGUCUUCAACGGCAUCACGACAAUAACACACAACAGCACUUGGGAGCCGGGGAAGAAGUACAAAGUGGCGCUCAUGCUGCAGGACAACAAGGGCUCCGUGUACGUGGACGGCGUGCUUGUGGGGAAUACUAACAAACUACCAACCCGUGAGGCACUGAGGCACGAUAUCACUCACUUUUACUUUGGUGGCACCGAGAGCAGCAGUGUGACAAUAAAGAACGUCUUUCUGUACAACCAACCACUAAAUGCUAUGAAACUCAAAAAGGUUGACAGCGCCAAGGCAUCAAGGAAGCGUACAGUUGACAGCUCCAAAGCAUCAAGGAAGCGUACAGUUGACAGCUCCAAAGCAUCUGGGAAUCGUACAGUUGACAGCUCCAAAGCAUCUGGGAAUCGUACAGUUGACAGCUCCAAGGCAUCAAGGAAGCGUACAGUUGACAGCUCUAAAGCAUCUGGGAAUCGUACAGUUGACAGCUCUAAAGCAUCUGGGAAUCGUACAGUUGACAGCUCCAAAGCAUCUGGGAAUCGUACAGUUGACAGCUCCAAAGCAUCUGGGAAGCGUACAGUUGACAGCUCCAAAGCAUCUGGGAAGCGUACAGUUGACAGCUCCAAAGCAUCUGGGAAGCGUACAGUUGACAGCUCCAAUGCAGUUGGGAAACUUGCAGGUGACGGCUCUACGCGUGCGGAUGUGUCUCAGCUGCUCCUGCUGCUAUUGGGGCUAUGGAGUUUUGCGGCCCUGUGCUGA